AUGGAAGACCAGUCCCUUGGGUCUGUGAGAAAAAUGGCUAAAGUGAGAGUGGGUUUUAUCACCGAGAUCGAUGAUUUAGGAGAUGAUCUUAUGCGAAACAUCCUCAGCCGGCUGCCGGCGUUAUACUUCGCCUGGGCGGCGUGUGUUAGCCGCUCCUGGAACGCCCUCUGCAACCGCAUCCUCUCUUCUCCGAAGCUCUCCUCCGCCGUCUCUUUUAACUCUUCUCUGGAGAAUGCUGUGGAUGAGGUUAUGGACAAGGUUUUAUCAGAACCCAUUCGCCCUCAUUUUGCACUAGCUUCAAUUGGCCCCCUUUUUAGCUUACAAUCAGCCCUGGAACUGAUUGACGCAAAACUUGGUUCCAGGAUUCCUUUAAUUGUCAAUGUGUCAGAGGGAAUCAUAGGCAAGGACGCACACACAGAGCAGUUUGUUGAGGUACUAUGGGAAGUAACGGAGGAGCAGGAAGGGCAACCACCAGAAGAGACUAACAGGGGAAUUAUACUAACGGUUGGAUUUUUACCUGGGUUAAAAGCCCUUAUAGUCCCUUUGCUGUACAAAAAGAAGGAACCUCAAGAUCUUCUCAUUGAUGAUUUUGUAAUGAGUAUCCGAGAAGUUGCAUCUGCAGUUUCAGAUUCAGCAGCUCCUGCCGGAGUCAUACUGUUUGCUGGUCGGAAAGCAAAUGUCAAACCCAUUCUUCAAAAGAUUGGCAGUCCAUUCUUAUAUAGAUGUCAUAGAAGAAGCAAUAACACUAGUUUGCCUGAUUCAACUUCUGCGGCAGUUUCCCUAGUAUUUGCACGGGAUAGGAACAAGCCUUUAGGUGUUGGGGAAACUCAAUUUCAUACCAUGUUAUCAACUGGCAUAUCACCAGUUGGUAACACUUACAAGGCAGUUUGUGUUAAAUGUAAUAAAAGUUCAACUUGGCUCACAGCAUCUAGAGAAACAGUUCGUAACCCUCUUGAUGGCGAAGCUAUUUUAGAUGAAAUCUAUGACGAGCUUGGAGAUCGUAUUCAGUAUCCUGCUUUCUACAUUGGAGUAACAAAAAGAAGAAGAUGCUCAGUUGGCAAGGAAAGAGUAAGACGGAUGCAAUUCCUUGAAUUCCAUGAGGUUCUAGGAGGUGACGAAGAGUACCUGUUUGCCAAUUCUGUUGGCAUAACAACCACCGACCCCUUCCGUUUCUACAUUUCGGACUCAAAAGUUGGUCUUUCAUCUUGCAAUAAAGUUGGUGAUGAGCUCCGUGAGCUAAAGAUGGAUUGUGAAAAGAGACGAGUCUUUGGUGGCAUUAUCUUCUCUUGCUGCGGUCGAGGGGAGUCCUUUUUCAGACGCGCUGGUGUCGAUAGCACCCCUUUCAUAAGCAACUUCCCAGGGGUUGCUUUCGGAGGAAGUUACUGUGCUGGGGAAAUUGGACGUGGGAAAUCGAGCUUGUAUGGCGGAGACGGCGAUGUUUCGUGCAGUGAACAUGUAUAUAGUGCCGUUUAUUUAGUAAUGUCUUACUGUCCCCCGCCACAAACGGAGUAG